CUCUCGCCAGCCCGCUUGCCUGCGGGGCUUUCCCGCAUGGUAGCGGGGCUGGGGGCAGCCCUGCAGCGCUGCUCCACCCAGAGCGCGCCCAGCUGUUUCCAUAGGAACCGAGACCGCGCCUGGCCCCUCCAGCAGAGGCCCCCGUGCGAGCAUGCCCAGUGCAAGCCGCUAGUUUGGCUCCAGUCUAGGUUUCCAGUAAGUGGCAUGCGGGACUCCGGAGGGAUCCCAAUGAGCUGAGCUGCCGAGAGCCUUUGUGUGCAGAGGGCGGAGGAGGAGGCAGCUGCGGCCGCUGGGCUGGAGACCCCGCCCGGGAGCCCCCAGUAGGAACAAUGCUAGCCUGCCUGACCCGAGGGAACUUAAUGGACGUCCUGCAGGAGGGCUUCAAUGAGCAACAGCUGCAGGCCUAUGUGGCCUGGGUGAAUGCACAGCUGAAGAAGAGGCCAGCAGUGAAGCCUGUGCAGGACCUGCGACAGGAUCUCCGGGACGGGGUGAUCCUGGCAUAUCUCAUCGAGAUUGUUGCAGGAGAAAAGCUGAGUGGGGUACAGCUCAGUCCCAGUAACCAACAGGAGAUGAAGAAUAAUGUGGAGAAAGUGCUGCAGUUUGUGGCCUCCAAAAAGAUUCGUAUGCACCAGACUUCAGCUAAAGAUAUUGUGGACGGAAACCUGAAGUCUAUCAUGAGGCUGGUCCUUGCCUUGGCAGCUCAUUUCAAACCUGGCUCUAGUAGGACGGUGAACCAAGGACGGGACUCCAGAGCCCCUCUGCAAAGUCACCAACCACACUGUGCCACUGCUGUUGCCCAGGGAGCAGCUGCUGCUCUGGCCGAUGUGUGUCAUGACAUGUCCCGAUCAGGACGGGAUGUCUUUCGAUACAGACAGAGGAACAGCAGCAUGGAUGAGGAAAUUGAGAAUCCAUACUGGAGCGUGCGGGCCCUGGUGCAGCAGUAUGAAGGGCAACAAAGGUCUCCAUCUGAAUCCAGCUGCUCCAGCCUGACUUCACCCAGUCCAAUCCACAGUGCAAAGAGCGAGUCCAUUAUAACCCAGUCAGAAGAGAAGGCAGAUUUUGUGAUUAUUCCCUCUGAAGGAAUAGAGAACAGAACAGAGGAGACAGAUUCUCCAUUAUCUCGUGACUGGCGGCCAGGGAGCCCUGGAACCUAUCUGGAGACCUCAUGGGAAGAACAGCUGUUGGAACAACAAGAAUAUUUGGAAAAAGAAAUGGAGGAAGCAAAGAAGAUGAUAUCAGGACUACAGGCCUUACUCCUCAACGGAUCCUUACCUGAAGAUGAACAGGAGAGGCCCUUGGCCCUCUGUGAACCAGGUGUCAAUCCUGAGGAACAACUGAUUAUAAUCCAAAGUCGUCUGGAUCAGAGUAUGGAGGAGAAUCAGGACUUAAAGAAGGAGCUGCUGAAAUGUAAACAAGAAGCCAGAAACUUACAAGGGAUAAAGGAUGCCUUGCAGCAGAGAUUGACUCAGCAGGACACAUCUGUUCUUCAGCUCAAACAAGAGCUACUGAGGGCAAACAUGGACAAAGAUGAGCUGCACAACCAGAAUAAAGAGCUAGGGCAGAAGGAUCGCCUCCUUCAGCAGCACCAGGCCAAGUUAGAAGAAGCACUCCGGAAACUCUCUGAUGCCAGUUACCACCAGGUGGAUCUAGAGCGAGAGCUAGAACACAAAGAUGUCCUCUUGGCUCACUGUAUGAAAAGAGAGGCUGAUGAGGAAACCAACUACAACAGUCACAGCUCUCAAAGCAAUGGUUUUCUCCUUCCAACGGCAGGAAAAGGAGCUGCUUCAAUCAGCAACAGAGGGACCAGCGACCUGCAGCUUGUUCGAGAUGCUCUCCGCAGCCUGCGCAACAGCUUCAGUGGCCACGAUCCUCAGCAUCACACCAUUGACAGCUUGGAGCAGGGCAUCUCCAGCCUUAUGGAGCGCCUGCACGUUACGGAGACGCAGAAGAAACAAGAAAGAAAGGUUCGGGUCAAGUCACCCAGAACUCAAGUAGGGAGUGAAUACCGGGAGUCCUGGCCCCCUAAUUCAAAGUUGCCUCACUCACAGAGCUCUCCAACUGUCAGCAGCACCUGUACUAAAGUGCUCUAUUUCACUGACCGGUCACUUACGCCCUUCAUGGUCAAUAUACCAAAGAGGUUGGAGGAGGUGACACUAAAGGAUUUUAAAGCAGCUAUUGAUCGGGAAGGGAAUCACCGGUAUCACUUCAAAGCACUAGAUCCUGAGUUUGGCACUGUCAAAGAGGAGAUUUUCCAUGAUGAUGAUGCCAUCCCUGGAUGGGAGGGGAAAAUUGUAGCUUGGGUGGAAGAAGACCAUGGAGAGAAUUAAUGCCAAGUAUCAGAUUGAGGGCUUGUGGAACCUGGUCACUCCCUGGCUGCUUCACUCAGGAAAGGGAACUAAAACCAGAAUACACUAAGAAGUUUCUAGUUUGUACACCCAAACAGAAGCUUUUCCAAGUAUGAUGGCCACAGGUCAGUCCUAUUUCUGUGCCUGGCAUACCUGGUACUUAAAAUUCUGUCCAAAUGUAGACCAUGAGUUCAUCUGGAGUUCCUUGUCCGUGGGAACACAGUGUUUUAUUCUACUCUGAGGACAACAAACCGAAGGCCUUAAACAAUGGGGAUGGAUGAUCCCGCCUCUAUAGGGGCAUGGCUGCUAUUAUCUGGAAACUAGGAAUUGGAUGCAUCACUCCUGCUGUACGUUACAGUAUUAUCUUCACUGGCCUCAAUGGUUGCAGCAAUCAGAGUCCCAGCAUUUGUACUCACAGACAAGGCAAAGGUACCAGCUUUUCUGUUUCUUAGAAGCUACUGCAAACCAAGAAUAACUCAUGAGGUGGUACCAAAGAUGAAAGCCCAGUCUUCAGUAGUCUUUUGAACCAGAUGUGGAUGGUGCUGAAUUGUUGCUUGGAUGGGAAAAGGGCUGCCCAUUUCGUGCUACACUAUGCUAAAACGGUACUUCAGUAAGACCUUCGGCUGCCUCUUCUGUCUUAACUCGUUCUGCAGCUUGUCCUUUUGCCCACAUAGGGCCUAUUUCAUGUACUGUUAGUUUUCUCUGGGGACUCUUAACUUUAGAGCCAUUUCUUUUUCUUCCAACUGAUGAACUUUGUGUUUGAAAGGAAUAAGGAGUGGAAAGCUCCUUAAAAAUCCAGGCGGGUAUGGAAAGGUGCUGCUACCCAUAUCUUUUUUACUUUGUUUCAUGACUUUCCUUAACUCAUGGCAUCUCCUUUGUGGUUAAAAGGAGACAGACCAUUAAUUUCAGCAUUUCUUUGUGGUUUAUAAGUACUGAGCAUGAAGUACUUGUCUGCCCCUCCUGAUUUCAAGGCCAGAGUUAUUUUCUAUUUAUGUAUUUAGUCUAGGCUGAGCCUUUAGGGUACAAUAGAAACCAUGGGGUGUGGAGCAUGAGUUGUGAAUGGCAGGGAUCAUUCUGGGUGAAAAAACCCAGAAUCAUUUCUCAUGUGCAACACUGUCACGUGAAGAAGCUAACAGUUCAACUACCGAGAUUAUUUGAUAACCUGGGUUUUCUCGUUCAUCCACCAAGCACCAUCAACCAAUCAGCCAUAUUAUUUAUAUAUGUAUUACCAAACACAGUCUGUCUGCCUGUGACCUCCAGUGUACACUGCCAAACACAAGAGUAGGACAGAUCCAUUCUGGAUUCUUGACCUGUCUGUCUCCAAUUCAUCUCCCCUUUUCAGCCAUUUCAACAAACUACUCUUUGGCGCUCUGAGAUGACAUCUUGUUGUUUUACAUAGAUGUGUCUUUUAAAAACAGUUCAUGUUUGGAGAAUUCUUUUGUACUCAUUUGCUUUUUGUCUGAGAACCAUGUCUAUUUUUAUAACUGGAGUGUGAGUUAUAUAUCUUCUCACAUUCUAUAUACUGUAUCCAUUUUCUAGAGAACCCAGUAGCUUUUAUACAGUCUCUUCUUACCACCCCUUGUGGUUUCAGAACAAGCUUUACUUUAUUACAAGUAUACUAAUGACAACUAAUUCCUAUUCCAGUUCUACCUAUUUUAGUUGUGAAGGUAGUUUUGUGUAAUCCAGUUGAUUGCUCCUGCAGCAGAGAGAAGGAGCUCAAAAGACACUUGAUGUCUUUCAUGUAAGUUUACCUGGUCUUUUCCUAUUGAAGGAUUUUUCAUCAGAAAUGACUGAGAAAGUUUGGGAAAGUCAGCCAAAAGAAAGAAUUCAUUACGAAAGCAAACAGAAGAAAACAGUAUAUUCUCACAGUUUUUUCCCAGGAAGUCUGGAGAAAAAGUCCUCAUGUCACCAAUUUCUCUUUUGCAUGAAUUUUAGUGUUUUGCUAUAAGACAGCAUGAGGGCUAUCAGGCCAAAAUUCAUUAUUGUAUUUCUAAUACAAUUUGUCUUGAAUGUCUGUCUCUUAAAACAGUUUUUACUUGUCACUUUUCUUUCAGCAAACAGUCUAUUAUGUGGAAUUUAACUUUUCAGAGAAAAUUUCCAAAGUCCUCUACCGUAUUUGGCUUUUAUCUCUGUCUUUUGGAAAGGAGCUGCAUGGCCUCAGUGCCUCCAUAAAAAGCUAAGUUUGCGUUCACAAGAGAACAUAAGAUCGUUUUUUUUCCCUUUAACUCAGUAAUCUCACGUACCACAGGACCAAGCAUCUCUGCUAGAGGAUGUACCUCUCAUAACUCCUGUGUAAAAUAUGUUGGUGAUCGUCAUUCCAGUUUCCAAAGCGAGAGGAGCCUUCUGAGCAGAAGUAUGCAAGACUGAUUUUGUUGGGAAAAGUUUCUUACUUGGCUGCAUUCUAGGAGGCCUCCUGACUUGUUCAUGGUAUUGUCCCCUGGUGGCAUUGGUGUGGGGUAGUUAGUCCUGCUACUUGCUAAAGUUUCCUUUGAGAAAACUGAGGAACCAGAAAGUUUAGAGUUCAUAAAAUAAUCUCUAAACCAUGUUAGGUUAAAACAAAAUGACCAUCUCACAAAAAUAAGUGUAGUUUACAAAAUCUUCAUUUAAGGCUGGGUGUGGUGGCUCAUGCCCGAAAUCCCAGCACUUUGGGAGGCCGAGACAGGAGGACUGCUUGAGCCUAGGAGUUCAAGACCAGCCUGGGCAACAUAGCAAGACUCCGUCUCUACAAAGAAAUUUUAUUAUAAAAGUAGCUGGGCAUGGUGGCACACACCUGUAGUCCCAGCUACUCAGGAGGUCAAGGUGGGAAGAUUGCUUGAGCCCAGGAGUUUGAGGUUGCAGUGAGCUGAUUAUGCCACUGCACUCCAGCCCAGGUGACAGAGCAGGACCCCAUCUCUUAAAAAAAAAAAAAAAAGUCAUUUAAAAACUGAAGACUGCUCAGUUCCCUAGAUUAGCUGGGGGGACUGCAACACUUCACAAUGUUUACAUUUUUAAAUUUGAAGAAUUUGUUUUAAACUUACUUGGUAAUGGCAAUUCUACUUACCAACUUUUCAGCUCUUUUUGACCAGGAUAGUUGCAAAUUAGGGAAAAUAUCUUUAUACUCUACAUCCAAUCCAAGAGGACUCUAAUUACUAAAAAGCAUUUAGGUCCUAAUAAUUUUCACUGUUUUCAUAAAAUAAGCAUUAUGAUUGCACACUCCUUCUACUGUCUGAAUUUAUGUAAGAGGUAUAGCUUGCUUAAAAUACAUAUAUAUGUAAAAUUAUAUUUUCUUAGAAACAUGGAUGUUUGCAACCAUUGCUUUCAAAGAGAUUAUUACUGUGUAUUCUCCCUGUUUUACAAUAUGUUUUCAUGGAGACUAUGUUAUACUACAGGCUUCUGAUUAUCAAAGCGAUAACCAGUUUUAACCGCCGGUAUGUACCAGAUUUGUGAACUAAUUAAAAAAAACCCUCAAACUAUGAAUAAAAUGGAGUUUGCAAACUAAAUAUCAUUAAUGAUUUUCACUUGCGUUUAUUGAUGAGAUUAAUCAAUAAAGCCAUUUGUAUUUAGU